AUCCCAAAUCUUCAUCCCAUUGUUGAGGGAGUUCAUAUCACCAAGUUAUUUAUUCUGGUCCCUCCUUUGCUCAUCCACACAUAGCUAUCAUAUCAUGGAAGCCUCUAACUCACAUUCGUUUCUCUCUCUUGUGCACCUUUUUGUGCUUUUCUUAUUGUUAUGUUUUGUGGUUACAAUUGAAGCUAAUUCAAAGAAGAAGGUCUCAGCCUUUUAUGUGUUUGGAGACUCCACAGUAGACCCAGGAAACAACAACUUCAUAGACACGGCUUUCAGGAGCGAUUUUCCUCCCUAUGGUAGAGAUUUUGUUAACCAGGCUGCCACUGGAAGGUUCACCAAUGGGAAGCUUGGCACUGAUUUUCUUGCUUCAUAUCUGGGCCUAAAGGAGUUGGUGCCGCCAUAUUUGGAUCCAAAUCUCAGCGACAAAGAACUUGUAACUGGUGUCAGUUUUGCCUCUGCUGGUUCUGGGUUUGACCCUCUCACUCCAAUGCUGGGAAAUGUAAUUCCAAUAGCAAAGCAGUUGGAAUAUUUCAAAGAAUACAAAAAGAGGUUAGAGGGUACGCUUGGUAAGAAAAGAACCGAAUAUCAUAUAAGCAAUGCUUUAUUUUUCAUCAGCGCAGGCACAAAUGACUACGUCAUUAACUAUUUUUCGUUGCCAAUACGAAGAAAGACCUACACCACCCCCUUAACCUACGGACACUUCUUGCUUCAACACGUAAAAGAAUUCAUACAGAAUUUAUGGAAAGAAGGUGCACGGAAAAUAGCUUUGGUUGGAGUACCUCCAAUGGGAUGCUUGCCGAUCAUGAUCACCUUGAAUUCCCAUAAUGUCUUUCUCGAACGUGGUUGUGUGGACAAGUAUUCUGCUGUUGCAAGAGAUCACAAUAUGAUGCUUCAACAUGAAUUGUUCUUAAUGCAACUAAAUUUCUCCAAUACUAACCCUGCCGGUGCUAAAAUAUCUUACCUCGACAUAUAUGGACCCUUGGAUGACAUGAUUCAAGCGCAUCAAAACCUAGGUUUUGAUGAGGUUGAUCGUGGUUGUUGUGGAAGUGGUUACAUCGAAGCAACUUUUAUGUGUAAUGGGGUUUCAUAUGUGUGCUCUGAUCCAUCUAAGUUUGUCUUCUGGGAUUCAAUACACCCUACGGAGAAGGCAUACUAUGACCUAUUUAUGGCCGCCCGUCCCACAAUUGAUGCCCUUAUCAAUGGCUAGGAAUACAUAUAUUCUUUUUGUCCCCCCUCAAUUUGGUUAGUUAGAAAUUUAUAACAAAUAAAGGGUUGCAGCUUGUACCAAACUAAAAGGGAUUAUUGGAAAAUAGAAAAAAAGAAUUACAAAGUUUUUAUGUAUA